AUGAAAUAUUAUUUUAAUUAACUUCAUUCACAAUUAUAUUAUUUUAUGCUGAUUGAAAAUUUAGCAAAUGAACUACAAUGCUCAAUUUGGUUAGUUAUCAUAUCUAUUAUAAUAGCUUAAGUUUAUUUAGUGUUCCAUUUGUUAUUCCUUGUGGACAUAGUUUUUGCCGCGAUUGCAUUCAAAAUUAUGGAAGAGCAACCAAAUCUGCUAAAUGUCCACUAUGUAAAUAACCCUUCAAUCUUAACAAAAUAAAUCUUAAUAUAUCAUUAUAAGCUGUUUUGAAUGUGAUGGAUCAUGAUAAUACUAAAGUGAAAGGAGAUGUUAGUAGAUAAAAAUCAAAAUCUACUAAUUUUUUUAUAUGCACUUCAAAUUUAUCUGAUGAAUAGAAGGUAAUAAUAUUAAUCAAUUAAGGAAUGCAUUGAAAGAUUUCAGAAAUAAUUCAAAAUAAAAUCAAAUUCAAACAUCAAUUCUAAGAUUACACACUUGAUUUCAGGUCCUGACAAUCCAAAUAAACCUUUUAUAGCCAGAAGAACUUUAAAGUACUUAGAAGCAUUAGUUAGAGGAAUUUGGAUUGUUAAUAUAGAUUGGGUUAUUGAAAGUCUUAAAUGUGAUACAAUUUUAAGUGAGGAAGAUUUUGAAAUUAGAGGAGAUGAAUUUCCAACACUUACUCCAAAAAUAUCAAGAACAAGAGGUGGAAUGUAUGAUUUUCUAAGAAAUUAUGAAUUUGGUAUUGAAGUGGGAAAUAUUAAUAAGACCAUAAUAAAUCAAGACUAUAUUGAAACAUUAAUAUCACUUUGUGGUGGUAACAUUGUAAGUCACAAGGAGAAAACUUAAAAUACUAUUAUAAUUAAAAUAGUGUAAGAUCCUCAAAUAAAUCAUACACGUAUAGAGUGUAUUCCAAUGAUAGUCAAUUAAAAAUGGUUAUUUGAUAGCAUUAGCAAAUUCAACAUGUAAAACUAUUUUGGUUAUUUAAUAAGUAAUUGA